CGGGCUGCUGAAUGGUCUGAACAUCGAGCGCCAGAUGGUCGUCCCUACUACUACCAUGCUGGGCGCGGUGAAAGCGUUUGGGAAAAACCGCAGGCUUUGCGUGAUAUGGAAGCAGCUCGCAUGGCUGCCCACGGCGCUACACCCCAACCGACUAUAGCGCCCACACCCACAUUGGUGCCGAGCAUGCCACCUCAUCUUAUGCCAAAUCCAUUAAUGCAUAUGCAAGCACCGGGUACACCUACUCCCUACGCGGACCCAGCUUUAGCAUAUGUACAGGCGGCUGCCGCCGCGGCUGCAGCAUCUUCUCUUAAACAAGUUGAAUCUGCAAAUAAAACCGCUCAGGUAUCUAACGUUACAGAAAAAGAACAGAAGAAGAAAACCGAGGAGACAAAAAGCAAGAAAGAAGACGAACAAAAGAAAUCGGCCCCACCAGCAAAACCUGUAGAUAAGUCAAGACCUAUCUCAAGUACCCCAAUUUCAGGUACACCUUGGUGUGUAGUGUGGACCGGGGAUGCUAGAGUCUUCUUUUAUAAUCCUUCGACUCGUACGUCUGUUUGGGAACGCCCAGAAGAAUUGUUGGAGCGUGAAGAUGUUGACAAAGCUGUCAGUAAUCCACCAGAACAAUUAAAAACUACUGUCACCGCAACUAAAACGGAUAAAGAGGAAGAGAGCAGCGGGAAAGCGCCCGCUGCUAAUUCUACUGCACCUAUUAGCAAUAACACCACAAAACCUGAAAGCGAGGAUGAUAUGCAAGAGGAUGACGACGAAGACGAUACAGUUAUUAAAAUACGUUCCGAAUCUGAAUCAAGCGUUGAAGAGGUGCCUGCUAAAAAAUUACGUAUGAUAACAAAAUCAACUAAGAAAGCUAAUGCCAGUGAGGCUGCUGCAGAGGCUGAAGUAAGGGCUGCUAAAGAACGCGCUGUCGUGCCUUUAGAGACUAGAGUUAAACAAUUUAAAGAGAUGUUACGCGAAAAAGAUGUAUCCGCAUUUAGCACUUGGGAGAAGGAGCUGCAUAAAAUUGUCUUUGAUCCACGUUAUUUGCUAUUAACGUCUAAAGAGCGCAAACAGGUUUUUGAGAAGUAUGUAAAAGAUCGUGCCGAAGAAGAACGAAAAGAGAAACGUAAUAAAAUGCGGCAGAAACGUGAAGAUUUUCGAAAACUUUUAGAAGAUGCUAAAUUGCAUGGGAAAUCGUCAUUCAGUGAAUUUUGCCAACGCUAUGGAAAAGAUGAGCGCUAUAAGGCUAUUGAGAAAGUGCGCGAACGUGAAAGUCUUUUUAAUGAAUUCCUCUUAGAAGUCAGACGACGAGAAAAAGAGGAAAAACUGCAAAAGAAAGAACAGAUACGUAAGGACUUUCUUGAGAUGCUGCGCGAGCGUGGCGACUCAUUGGACCGUCAUAGUCGAUGGUAUGAUGUGAAGAAAAAAUUUGAAUCGGAUGCUAGGUAUCGUGCAGUCGAAAAUUCCUUGUAUCGUGAGGAAUACUUUCAGGAUUACAUGCGUAUGCUGAAGGAUGAGAAACGCAAAAGGGAGCGCGAACGUGAAAAGGAACGUGAGCGUGAGAAGGAAAGAGAGAAGGAACGCGAACGUGAACGGAAAGCAGAUCGUAAAAGCGAUCGACGGGAUAAGGAGCGCAGAAGUGAUCGUAGCCGAAGUCGUGACCGUGACAGGGAUAUCAAAGAAUCCAGGGAGAAAGAGAAGUCAUCUAAGGACAAAGCUGAGAAUAGAAAAAAACAUGAUGACUAUGAGGAGGGUGAACAUUCAAGUAACGAGGACACUGAAGACCAAUCUGCUAAUGAACAUGAAGAUGAGGAAGCUGAGCGUUUAAAAAAAGAAAGAGACCGCCAACUGAGAGCCGAGCAAAGUAUAAGGGAACGUGAAAAAGAGGUACAACGCACUUUGGCUGGCCAUUUGCGAGAUCGCGAUAAGGAACGUGAAUUGCAUAAGCGUGAAGAGGCCAUUGGACAUUUCAAUGCAUUGUUAGCCGAUUUAGUACGUAAUCCAGACUUGACUUGGAAAGAAGUCAAACGUCAAUUACGUAAAGAUCAUCGUUGGGAAUUGGUUGAGUUUCUGGAUCGUGAUGUUCGUGAAAAAAUUUUCAACGAUCAUAUCGAGAAUUUAAUGAAAAAGAAGCGCGAAAAAUUCCGUGAAAUGCUUGACGAAAUUUCGUCGUUAGAGUUGACGAGCUCUUGGAAGGAUAUCAAAAAAUUGAUAAAAGAUGAUCCUCGUUAUUUGAAAUAUAAUAAUUCGGACAAAUGCGAACGCGAAUUCCGCGAUUACAUGGUUGACAAAACCAUUUCGGCGAAAGUUGAUCUGAAAGAAUUGCUUAAAGAAUGUAAGCUUAUCACACAUAAAAGUAUCGAAUUGGUUAAAGACAAUCCGAAUCAUCUUAAAGAGAUUGAGGAUAUUUUAAAAAUGGAUAAAAGAUAUUUAGUGUUGGAUCAUUUAUCUGAAGAACGGACUAAUAUAGUGCUGGAUUAUUUGGAGGAAUUACAAAAACGUGGUCCCCCACCGCCGCCAACUGCUUCAGAUGUCGCACGACGCAAAUAAUAAUCAAAUAACAUAAAAUCUUUAGUUUUAAGCAUAUAAUAUAAUAUUUACUCAUAUCAACACACAAACACAUAUAUGCAUACAAACAGAUGUAACACAAUGCGAAUUCUAGUGUAAUUUACUUUUUAAUGCCAUUACAAAUAAUCAAUAUUUUACUUUGACUUCAAUAACUUCGAUGUUACUUUGUUAGUUUGAAAAAGUUCGCUAAUUCGAGAUGUAUUUAAAGCAUCCGAUAGAUCGAACGCUUUAGAUUGCCAGCAGCAACCUUCGAUAUUA